AUGGCUUCCAGAUCAGAGGAGGAUCUCUGCUGUCCGGUCUGUCAGGACGUCUUCAGAGAUCCUGUUCUUCUGUCAUGUAGCCACAGCGUCUGUAGAGACUGUCUGAAGAGAUGGUGGACAAAGAAUCCAACACACCAGUGUCCCGUUUGUAAGAGAAGAUCUUCAAAGUUUGAACCACCUUUAAAUCUGGUUUUGAAGAAUCUGUGUGAGUCCUUCUUACAGGAGAGAGAUCAGAAAGCUUCUUCAGAAGGUCUCUGCCAUCUGCACUCUGAGAAACUCAAACUCUUCUGUCUGGACCAUCAGCAGCCAGUGUGUCUCAUCUGCAGAGAUUCAGAAAAACACACCAACCACAGAAUCAAACCCGUCGAUGAAGCUGCACAACAGCACAGGAAGGAACUUCAGGAAACUCUGGAACCAUUAAAGAAGAAACUGGAGCUCCAGAAGGAAGUUCAGAAGAAGUUUGAUCAAACAGCAGAACACAUUAAGGUCCAGGACCGACACACAGAGAGGCAGAUUAAGGAGCAGUUUAAGAAGCUUCAUCAGUUUCUAGCAGAGGAAGAGGAGGCCAGGCUGGCUGCUCUGAAGGAGGAAGAGGAGCAGAAGAGUGGGAUGAUGGAGGAGAAGAUGGAGGCUCUGAGCAGAGAGAUAGCAGCUCUUUCAGACACAGUCAGAACCACAGAGGAGGAGCUGAGAGCUGCAGACGUCUCAUUCCUGAACAACUACAAGGCUGCAGUGGAAAGAGUCCAGCGCUGCCCCCUGCUGGAUGAUCCACAGCUGCACUCAGGAGCUCUGAUAGACCAGGCCAAACACCUGGGCAACCUGGCCUUCAACAUCUGGAACAACAUGAAGGACCUGGUCUGCUACACUCCUUUUAUUCUGGACCCAAACACUGCUAGUCCAAGACUCUUCCUGUCUGAAGAUCUGACCAGUGUGAGACGAGGAGAGAAACAGAAGCUUCCAGAUAAUCCAGAGAGGACUCAUUAUAAUGUUUUAAGUUCUGAGGGUUUUAACUCAGGAACUCACAGCUGGGAUGUUGAUGUUGGAGACAGUAAAGACUGGAGACUGGGUGUGUUAGCAGAGUCUGUAAUCAGGAAGGGAGACAUUCUGUCUGGAUUAUGGAGAAUAAGGUUUAAUAAAGGUAAAUACUCAGCAGCGUCUCCAGGUUCUCAUAUUGAACUCCAAGUUCAGGAGAAGCUGCAGAGGAUCAGAGUGACUCUGGACUGGAACAGAGGAAAACUGUCUUUCUCUGAUCUUCGUACUAACACACACAUACACACCUUCAAACUCACUGUCAAUGACAGGAUGUUUCUAGUCAUAUACACUGAUGAUAAAGUGAAGAUUUUACCUGUGAAGGUCUCAGUGAUGAAACAGCAGCUCUGAUGUGUUCAGUAUGAAGAACACAGAGUUCCCAUUAAACCUUAUUGAUCUGGUUGAAAUUCAAUGUUUUUAGUGUCAAAUAGGAAAUUUGAAGCUGAAAUCAGAACAGGAGAAAAUCACUGAUCUCAAAGGUUGGAAGAAGUCAGUGGAUCAGCAUAAAUACGGACCAGAUUUCUUUUUAGGGAGGGCUAGGGGCUUGUUUAGUUAUUAGUUAUAGUUAUUUAGUAUCCACAAAAGUCUUGAUACUUAAAAAACUAUAAGUUGAAGGUGUGUUGGUCUAUGUAUGUCAAUCUGGAACAGAUAUGAUGCAGAUCAGACACUGAAGAUCAUGAAUUUGAGCACCGAUCUUUGCAGGCAACACUUAUCACUGUUCACAUACAAAACCAUCACAAACAACUUCUCCUCUGACUUAAAUAAGAAAAAUCUGGGACAAUAUAAAUGUUGAGAAGCAUCACUGUUCAAUAAACAUGUGAUCAGUCAGAGGAGCUACUGUCUGCUGUUAAUUCUAAUUAAAACUCUUAAUUCAUUUUGAAACGGUUCAUAUUGGGUUAAGCGUUUUUUUUUUAUAACUUCUUUAAUGAAUGAAUGUAUAGUGUAUAUAUAUUGUUUUUUUUUUUUUUCAAUGUGAUGCCACUUGAAACCCUAACAAGAAGAUGCAGAAAGAACACCAACACCGUUCACAAAUAAUAAUAAUAACAAUAAUAAACUAUAAAGGAGUUCUGUUUAUUUAGGACUGCAAUUUUGUCAGUUAGACAGUUAGUGGCAAUACGAAAAAUAACCUGUGAUUUUGUGUAUAUCAGUGAAUGCGUGUGUAUAUGUUUAAAAGUUGUUAACUGUAAUUGGUGUUGCUCCAAAAUUUAAUUUAUUAAAACAAAACAAAAAGAAGAAUGUUUUUCUUUUGUAAACGUCGCACAAAUUGCCAAAGAAAGGUCCUAAAAUAGCCCAUAACAUGCAGUAUCAGAAAUGAAAUUCACUGAAGUAGCAGAUGAACUAUUGUUAAAUAAUUUACACAUUUUGGUAGUAUUAGAGAGUCAUUUAGGUUCUACAUUUGAGGAUACAUCACUGAUAAUACAUUUCUAUUUUAUAGACAAUAUAGAGAAGUUAAAAAGCACUGUACAGCCAAAGAAUACAGAUUUAUCACAUAUAUAAAUAAAUCAUAUUUGUCAUGGUUAUGGGCUUUAAGUUCUUGUUUUGGAUUUCUGGUUAUGUUUAGUUAGUUUUUUUCCCUUGUGUGCUGUGGUUGCUGUUUCUGCCUCGUUAGAACACCUGGUCUGAUUAGUCAUCUACUUCACCUGUGUCUUGUUACUCCCUUUGUGUAUAAGUAUCCCUGGUAUUCUGUUAUUCCUCGUUGGAUCCUACCAUUCACGUAUGCCUGUUGCCUCUGAUUUGACUCAUCUGUUUUUCCUGUUUUGGCUCCUGGAA